AUCACGCUGCUGCUAAAAUUCUUAAAGCGCGCGUGCGAAGUAACAUCUCGAGGUUCAUCAUGCCUUCGUCACGUGUUCGCUUGAGCUCGGGAUCCCGCCAAUCAGCCCGCACAAGAACCCCGGCUAGACGUCACCUCUUGUUCGCACCCAGACCCUUGCACGGUCAGGCCUUCUAUCUUGACGUGCAUGGCAAGUCACGUGAUAGCCUUGAAGGUGCCAUUAUCCGCCUUGGAGGGAGCACUGAGAAGUUCCUGGGGAAACAUGUGACGGCAGUGAUCACAGACAAACCAACUGCCGUGCGUAGAACCUCUCCUCGAUUAAAGAACAAACCCGGCAUGUCACGUGCACAAGCUAUGGUACUGAAGGCCAGGGCAAACCCCGCCACGGGUAGCACUGACGUCAUCAACACCGCAAGGGCCUGGGAUCUAAAGGUAAUAUCCGCCGAAGACUUUCUGAAAUGGGCAGAGAGUAAUACCAGCCGCGCAGGGACUGGCAAGAGGCAAGCGAGUCACAGGGUCCGAAAACUUCGGGGCGCUUUUAUCAAAGUUGAGGACCAAAGUCGCAAUUAUCGCCCCUUGUUUAAAGAGAUGAAGUCGUGGCCACGCCUUAAUUUUGACGCGCCCCCUGGGUACGGACCAUUCGAUGACGUCACAGCACCAAAGACUCGUGCCAAGUCCUCCUCGUCCGAGCCGCGCCAGGCAAGGAAAUGUGUCACGCGAUCACCAAGGCAACGCGCGGAACAAGCGCGCAAAGCGACAAGAUCUACAGGAAAAGCAGGCUACUGCGAGGUGUGUGACGUGACCUAUAAGGGCGUGACCAGGCAUCUCGCCAGUAAAAAGCACCGUCAGCAAGCCAUGAAAUCGGACAAGUACUCACGUGUCGACAAGUUGAUCCGGUCCGGACGAACGCUACAGGAGUUUGUACAAAGUGUCCGGGCCAGGCAACACGACAGGCGGACAAGAUCCCCGUCCAAAACAACAUCGCAAUCAGUCUCUCAAACUCCUUCCAGCUCAUCACGUCUCACCCGCAACCUCGGACAUCGACACCUCCCUUCCUCUGAACACACACCUACACGUACCGUAACUCCACUAAAACUCAGGAGACUACAGGGCGGAUAUUACACAGUGGCAGACAAAAGGCGUAGAAGCGCAGGACGUGACGUCACACCAUCCAAACGCCAUCACGCGGAGCACGAGUACGACUCGGUUCUACUGUCACCAUUGAGGAUCAUGAUUCGUCGGAGCGCUCGGCUUUGCGAGCACACUGGGCAUGCGCUUGAGGGAUCGGCUUACUUUACUGUACCCGCCGUCGUCGGUCGGACAUCCCUCCAUGAGGACAAGAUUAGAGCCUCAACAGCUCGUGACAUUGCGUGACUUUGAGUGCAUGACAUGGAGUGCGUGACAUAGAGGGCAUCGCUUCAUUUAAGGAAAACCUACUACGUGUCACAUGACGGAAUACUAGUCACACCAACAGUUUGGUCUAGGAAGAGUGCAAGUGAUUCUAACAAAACAAAACAAUAAAGUCUGCAAGUGUGAAA